AUGGCAGAAGAAAAGCCCAAGGAAGGAGUCAAGACUGAAAACAAAGAUCAUAUUAACUUGAAGGUGGCGGGGCAGGAUGGUUCUGUGGUGCAGUUUAAGAUUAAGAGCCCUCUUAGUAAACUAAUGAAAGCAUACUGUGAACGACAGGGUUUGUCCAUGAGGCAGAUCAGAUUCCGAUUUGACGGGCAGCCAGUUAAUGAAACAGACACACCUGCACAGUUGGAAAUGGAGGAUGAAGAUACAAUUGAUGUGUUUCAGCAGCAGACAGGAGGUGUCUACUAAAAAGGGAACCU